AGCUAGCUGAUCGUUCAUUGAAAUAUCCCGAUGGGAUUGUAGAAGAUGUGCUAGUUAAAGUAGAUAAAUUCAUUUUGCCUGUUGAUUUUGUGGUACUUGAAAUGCCUGAAGAUGAUGAAGCACCAAUCAUUUUAGGUCGUCCAUUCUUAGCCACUAGUAAGGCGAUGAUUGAUAUGGAAUUAGGAUCCUUAAUGCUUAGGGUAAAUGGGGAAGAAGUUGUUUUUAAUUUGACAGAUGCAUUUAAACACUCUGAGCAUGUUGAGCAUUGCAGUAGAAUAGACGUGAUCGAGGACUGUGUUUCCUCCUUUUUUGAUUUGUAUGAAUUAUGUGAUUCUGUUGAGCACUGCAUUGUUAACUCUAUUGAUUUGCAUUCUGCCUCCCCUGAAACUCCUAUUGAAAAUGAUGUGCUUGAUUGUGUGUUGUUUCUUGAGUGUGCCGAGAUUUUAGGCAUAGACGAGGUAGGGAUCGUCCCCGAGAUACCAGUUAGUGUGAAAACGGCCCCCGUACUGGAAUUGAAGCAAUUACCGGAUUAUCUUUGUUAUGCUUUUCUUGGAGCAGACAAGACUUAUCCGGUGAUUAUUUCUUCUAGUUUGAGCGAGGCCGAAACAAACACACUGCUGGAGGUCCUUAGAGAAUAUAGGUCAGCUAUAGGUUGGUCUAUUGAGGAUAUUAAGGGAAUUAGCCCAUCUAUUGUUCAACACAAAAUUCUAAUGGAAGACGUCUAUAAACCGAGAGUCCAACCUCAGAGGCGGUUAAACCCGUCAAUGAAAGAGGUAGUCAAAAAAGAAGUCUUGAAAUUGUUAGGCGCUGGUAUGAUUUAUGCAAUUUCUGACAGUCCGUGGGUCAGUCCGGUGCAGGUUGUGCCAAAAAGAGGUGGGAUGACGGUUAUUGUGAAUGAUAAAAAUGAACUUAUUCCGUCUAGAACAGUCACUGGGUGGCGUGUGUGUUUCGAUUACCGAUUAUUGAAUGCAGCCACUAGAAAAUACCAUUUCCCCCUUCCCUUUAUCGAUCAAAUGCUAGACAGGCCUGGGAGGAGUACGAGCGGGGACGACAGGAAGAGGAGGGAGGAGCCCACGAGGACGAUCAAGACAACUAGGGGACGUUGUGUUUUCUAUCCCUUUUAUUUUUUAUUCUGCUUUUGAGCAUAGGGACUAUGCUAGAAUUUAAGUUUGAGGGUGGUGUGUGUUGAACCUGUUUGUUUGUUUUUGUUCGUUUUUUUUUUUGGGAUAAGUCGUUGGAUUGAUAUUUCGUUUACGAUGUAUCUUUGCUAGACUUUGUUUUUAUUUUAUUUUAUUUAUCUUAUUUUGAUUUGGUCUUUUGCAUGCAUAUCAUAUAAUUUAGUUUCGUUUAUGUAUUUCAAUUUCCGUUAUUGUGUUAUGUUUGUCACAUGCAUUUCAUUUAGGAUCGAGUGUAAUUUGCAUUUCCGGGUUCUUUUGAAGCAAAGCAAUUAAUGAAUUAGUAGAUGG